CACCACACAUUGUUAAUGUUAUAUUUUGUCAUAAAGCUAGCAAUUUGUAUAGCAAUUAAAGUGCAAUCGUUUUCUCUUCAUACAGGAGCGACUGAAAGCUUUGGAUCAUUUACUGGACUCGAUAUAAAUUUACCUUCACAUGCCCCAGAACUUCAAGUUUUCAGUUUAGGAAUGGACAUUCGAUGCAUCAAUAGUAAAGGUGAAUCUGUUACUGGUGAAAGAGGGGAAUUAGUGUUAGCUAAGCCUACUCCUUCUCUCCUUACUCACAUCUUCCAAGAUAAUGAUAACACCAUAGUGAAAAAGACUUACCUUACCAAAUAUCCAG